AGAGGAUUCAGAGUGUUUUCAGGGAAAGGAUUCUCCAGCCAGCCCCAGAGCAAGGGCGAGCCCCAGGGCCAUUGCUGGCCGCCUUGCUGCUUCUAGUCGCCUCCCUGCCUGGCUCCAGCCCUGCCUGGUCUACGGGCAUUCAGCUGCAGUUCCUGAGGCCGAGGAGGGAUGGUGGCCCUGCCAGGGGUAGGACUUGGUCAGCCACCCCAGCAGGGGGGAGACGAGUCCCUGUACAAGCAAGGGAGAAAGUGAAGCAAAACAGUGCUGGGACUCCAGGGGAGAAAAGAAAUGGAAGAGAAUUCAAGUGUGGGUCUGCCCGGAGCUGGGCCAGCCCAAGAGGAGGUGGAGAGCACAGCCAAGCAUCCUGUACACCAAGAACCUCCCCAAGAGUCUCCUGAGCACCGAGUGACAAGCACGUGGCCUGAGACCUCCUGCAGACCACAGGAGGACUCUUCAGUGUGUAAGCCACCAGCUGCUCAUGGGGGAGAGGAGACUCUGACAGAGUUAGAUAGCCCCACAGUGGAGUCUCCUCAGGACACUCAGGUUCCUCAGGAAACUGAAUUAUCACUGGAAGAAUCUGGGGAGACAAAAGAUGACACGUCAGAAAGACCUCGGGAAGAAAAUGACUUGGACAGAGCCAGGCUGGUGCAAAAUGCAAUGCAUUGUGCAGGACACGGCCACGGCCUCCAGGAAGCACAGGAGGACCAGGAGACAAGCAGGCAACCUGAAAGCUCCAACACAGCAGAGGAAGAUGCUUCAUCAAGAAGCAAGUCAUUGAGCUCUGGCAGUGAAAUGACACGUUCAGAUCUGAAUGCCCCACAAGAUGUCACCGAGGGCCUCUUGGCACGGGAGAGCACCAGUGCUCCUCUCCUAGAGCAGGAGGCAGGAGAGCACAUAGAGCAAGUGACACUGCAGAGUGACUCCUCGGGCACGUUAAGGAGCAGACAUGGGACUAAAGGACAUGCAGCCCCACAGCCAGAGGCUCAGCACUGCUUGCAGAACAUCACUGCUCAGAACACAGAACAGGAGAAACCUAAAGAGUCCCUCUUAGUGAAAGGUGAGGAAAAGGAGCUUCCCUUGUGCAUUACUCAUCGACCAGAAGGCCCCGAUCCUCCAGGAACAAGACUCGUCCUUCUGGGCCUCGUAUUUCUUGGCUUCUGCAUAUUCUGCUUCGGCAACCCAACCGCCAAGUCCCAGCCAGCCCCCAGGAACCCCACGGUGGAGGCCUUCCUGUCCCAGUUCAACCAGCUGCAGGACAGGUUUCCAGGGCAGAGUCCCGACCUGUGGCUUCGCAGUCGCAAGUUCCUGCAGAAGCACCUCAACGCAUCCCGGCACACGCAGCCGGCCAUCAUCAUCUUCACAGCUGCCCGCAAAGGCGAGCGGACCUUGCGAUGCCUUAGCACCCACGUAGCUGACAGCUAUUCAGCCGCCCUGCGUGCCAGCACAGCGCACAUCGAUGGCGAGGAUAAAUCCGGGCUCCAGAGCGACCAGGCCAAGCUGGAGGUGGACUCAGAGCUCAGCUCGGCUUUCCAGGCUGGGGACCGUGCUGCGGUGAUACACCGCUUCGAGCUGCUGCCAGCGGGUGCCACCCUCAUCUUCUACAAGUACUGUGACCACGAGAGCGCUGCUUUCAAGGAUGUGGCCCUGCUGCUGACCGUGCUGCUGGAGGAGGAGAUGCUGGAGACCCACAUCAGACUCCAACAGGUGGAAGAGAGGGUUCGUGACUUCCUCUGGGCCAAGUUCACCAGUGCCAGCGCUCCCAGCUCCUAUGACCACAUGGACUCUGACAAACUGAGCGGGCUGUGGAGCCGCAUCUCCCACCUGGUCCUACCCAUCCACCCAGUGCAGAACAUCGAGAAGGGGGGCUGCCACACCAAACCCUAGGGGCACAGGCUGCCACAGCCCCGGGAAGGGUUGGAAAGCCAGCCUCGGGGCAGGUGGAGACACAAAUGAAUGAGGAACUCACUUUGUUUAACACCAGUGCUGCUUCUCUACAGUUUUUAUCCUGUACCUUCCCGGAAGAGUUCGACAGGUACAAAGCAAUCCAGGCCUCCUGGCCAACUGGAGGUAAUAACAGACUGUAUGCUUCCUUCGGACAGGUGGGAAUAGCUGAUAUUUUAGACUGCUAAUUGCACAGGAGCACAUUACAAUGUAGGGAGACGGGAGGGAAAAACCGUACGCUGCAGGACGUAGAACAAAGCAAGGUGAAACUCACUAAACCCAACAUCUGGAAGUCGUGCCUCAAAAAGAAAAUAGGUUUGCUACUCAAGAGCUUGACCAGCCAGUCCCGACACAGCUCCACCGACUGAUUUACACCCAAAGACCGGAUCCGAAAUUCGGAACGUGCAAACAAAUCCGCAACCCAGAAAUUCCUCAAACAUCAGUGACAAAAAAUGUUAAGCUAUCAGCACUUAAACACUACACAGAACGGGGAAUCCCAGGGAGUGGCCAUUCUGAAAGCAGAGAACAGGGAAACACAAAACACUUUGUUGUCACUCUGAUGGUGUGCAGCCCCAAGGCAAAGGAAUGAAUACUAUGGUUUAACUUAAUGCUACCUCUUAGAAAGUUCACUCUUGAUCCGCUUACCACCACGAGGCUACAAGAAUCAAUCAGGGCUGAUGCGUCAGCUUCGGUCCUAUGUGAUUCCUCUUCACCCAGAUCUGAUGGAAGCCACCAGAAGUGUUUCUACAUCACCUGCCUGCACAGAGGGAGCCCUCAGGGUCAGGACAUGAGCAAACUGACAAAACACCUCCAGGAGCCAUUCCAUGGCUUUUCCGGGUGUCCUGGAAAAGAAUCCUUCAUGGAGAUUGAGAGUGUUUGCAGCCCAGCAGUUCCCUGCCUUGCUUUGCCUUGUCCUGCCUGCCUCUCCCCAGCUAACUUGUAUUGAUGAAUGUAGAUGAUAACACUGAUACUUAUUUCAAGCCACGCGAGGCAGCACACCAGGUCCUUGCCCACCAAAGGUACAUUUGCCUUCCUGCCACGCAGGUGGUGCUCUGGCUAACGUUAGAGCAACAAGGAGCAGAGCUGAUGCUAAGUGGUAAAGAAUAAAACCUCUGGCAUUAACACCCCGAAUCCUUAACUAAACAGGGUGGAUUCUUACCGUGCCUCCUCUUCUGCACCCCGGGAAGAGAAAUCCAGGUCCCGUGCAGUCUACUGUGCUCCUACACACUGAAUCGCUGCAGGAGCGUUGGGGCAGAGCUGCUAACUCAGGGAACACCUGGGGGCAGGCACAGGUUGAAGUAUUUAUAAUAACCCAGCAGCCAGCCCCAGGUGUCAGCCCCUUGUGCCUACAGUCACUCCUGCUGGAGAAGGAGCAGCUGGAGCAAAGCAUGUCUUGUUUCUGUAUGGACAGCAGAGACCGAAGCCUUGCAGAGGCAGAGACUACACCUGAGCAAGACACAAAUCAAGAACAGCAUGCUGUUUUUACAAGCAGUCCACCCAAGUGCUCCAGAUCCCCGUGCUGGCCUAUGGUGCCUUGCUGAUCUGCUCCAGGGCUGGCUCAGCCAUUCACAGAGUGCCUGAAAUCACCACCUGACUCUUCUGUCCUCCCGCCGCGUGCCCUGCCUCUCCUGGGAGAUCUGUGGCCAUUGACGUGAGGGAAGGGACAAAGAGGAGGAAGAGGAGAAGGAUGCAGUUUGAACCAAAGAGCAGACAUUUGAUUUCUUUACGAUGCCGGUCACGUGAAGACGACAUCCAGGAGAGCUGCAGCACUUUCCCCACUGCCCCACACUUACUGACGUUUAUCCCCUAUGGCCUACAGGGAGCCGAGUUACCCUUGCAGUUAGCCAAGGAUGAGACAUGAAGCAUCCUGUUGCAGAGGUUUUAACCACGCCAAACACAGCUGGACGUGCUACAGCCCAGCAUCAGCAGAGCAGCUCCAGGCCUGGUUUUGUACAAGAUACAGGCAAGAUGCUGGGUGCUUCCUCCUCUCCCUCCUUUUUAUUGUUAUCCACUACUUUGAUAAUAAAAAACAGUUACUGUU